AUGAAUAUCAAUCAAGUCGAAGGAAGUAUCGUGAUUCCUCUCCAGAACGGCAAACACAUUAUCCUUCCACCUCAAUUGCGGUAUAAAGUAAACUACGGCGGUUGGCAAGUUGCAGAUGGAAGAGAAAGAGCAAGCUUUUUCGAUUGGGCUGGUAGUAAUAACGAAAGAUGUGUAUACCGCAUAUCUGAAGAGUUUGACGAUGACGUUCUUCAGCUAUCCGUUAGACAGUGGGAUCCUUACACCUGCCAAGGCAGAGUCUGGAAUACCUUUCAUUUUUCCUACGGCCCUUGUCAAGAUGUCUUCUGGUCUCGAUCGCCGGCCAAUGUUCCCGAUUCCGUUUGGAGAGACUGGGAUAAACCCAUGUCAACUACGUUCUCCGAGGAGCAAAGUCCCAACGAUGCAUUUUGCACUAUUCUACAAGCCAACCUGAAUUGGGUGGAAAUUACGAAAAUAGAAAAUGAGAUUGCAUAUGAUAUUCUGUACCAAAAGCUACUCCAUCACCCCACGAUUACCAAGAUUGACAUUCCAAGUGCAGAGUAUCAUCAAGAGACUGUUGUUGACUUUUGUUGCAAUCUCAUUGCCAACUCGGAUACACUAGAAGCAAUCUUUUUUCAAGACAUUGGAUCAUUGGAUGAACAUUUGGUGCAGAAAAUGUUCCAAUCCCUCGAAACAAGUCUAACCUUGAAGAGCCUUGAUCUUCGAACCUCUCGAUACCUUGAAACAUGGGGCAAAUGCGGUCCAGGAACCCAGCGAAGCAAAAGCAAACCCGGGCUUCCCGUUGAGGCCAUAUUGGCAGCACUCGAGUGCUUUGACGAGGCUUCACAAUGCUCGCUGCGAACCCUUGAUUUUGGUGGUAAUCCAAUGGCACUAUCCUCUUCCAUAUGUCCAUUUGUAAUGAAACUUCUAUCACCAGGUCUUGGGCUGGAACGACUUUCUUUCCGUGGAUGUGCUCUGACGGAAGCAGGCCUUCUUUCGGUUGCCAAGGAGCUCGAUAACAAUACUAGUUUGAAAUUCUUGGAUCUGUCGCACAAUGUGAUAAGCAAACCAGUCAUGGAACAACUGACAAAGUCUCUGGCAAAGAAUACGACUCUUCGAAGCCUAAAGUUGGAGCACUGCAGCAUUGAUUUAGAUCUUGCCGAAUGUCUGGCCAGCUCUCUCCCGGAGAUACGAAGACUGCAGCAUCUGUACAUGGAUGGCAACGAGUUCACAUGGGAUCCAUUGACAGAAGCAAAAGAAUCGAUCGGAGCCAUUGCAAUUGUGAAAGCGCUGGAAAUGAACAAGUCGCUACACUCUCUGAAAAUGGGGGAACACGGAAUGUUUGCACGCUGGGGCAUGGCUUGUUGCACAUCUCCACCCUACAGUACAACGCUGUGUAAAAGCAAUUUGGAAGAGAUGGAUGCUUGCCUUGAAAGAAAUAAAGAAGCAUGGGAGGUAAUGAAACAGAGCAGGUAUCAGCGAGCGAUCGUGAGCAUUGCUAAGAUACUUCUCAGCAAAAUUGAUAGCCGUAGUUUAUAG